AUGAACAUUUCGAUAGCAAAUCCAAUACAAGGCGAAUCAUUUGCGUCAAUGUACGAACAAAAUCGAACAACUGAAGAACUUUUGUUUCAGCAUGCUUCACUUGAUACUAUUGAAGAUUAUGAAAUUUAUUCACUUAAUCGUCGAUUGAAUAGGAGUAAUCCUAUCUCAGGUGAACAUCUCUAUCAACGAUGUGGACCGUCGACAUUUGGUGACACUUGUCAGUAUCGAUUUUUACUGAAUGGUAGAUUCUUACAAAUAGUGCACGAUACUUUCUAUUGGAAACGCUUUCAUCAUCCAAGAAAUAUACUCAUGAUUACAACUGGAACUUGUUAUCGAGAACUUCAAUGUGAAGGAAGCGUCGUCUGUUUAGAUUGGAGAGAAGUUUGCGAUGGAUAUGUUCAAUGCCCUAAUGGGGAAGACGAAGAACAUUGUCAUCAAUUGGAGAUAAACGAAUGUGACGCAUUAACAGAAUACCGAUGUAAAAAUGGCCAUUGCAUUCCACAAGAAAUGUUAUUAGAUCGAAUACCCGAUUGUCUAGAUAAAACUGAUGAGAUUCAUGGUAUUAACGAGUUUUGUCAUGGUUAUAUGGAUUGGUAUUGUGAUAAUAGCAUCUGUGAUUCGUAUUUGAAUCAUCACAUCUACGGUACGCCGAUGGCAUUCACUUGUGGUGAUGGUCAGUGCCGAGAGAUGAGCAACGUCGACAUAAUUCGACCAGCAGCUGGUGCCAGUGCCUUAAUUUGCGGUAGUGGUCGAGAUAUAUUGUACACGCAACAGCUGUUCUUAUCAAACAAUGAUUGCUUUGAACAUAUCAAAUGUACAUUGAAGUUUUCUUUCUUUCAACAGGAAUGUAAGAUAAAAUGUACUUCGCAAUAUCAAUGUUCCAGUCGAAUACCAACUGUAUGCGGUAACCUUUCAUACGCUAUCUUUCCAACAAAGCCCGUAUUUGAUAAUCAUGUUUUCUUCGUUUAUAAACUCAAUCCGAUGACACUGUCAAUGACUAAUUAUAUACCGUCGUUGAUAUGUUUUGAUUCAAAAAAAUGUUCCCAUUAUCAGACAACUAUCAAUGUGGAUGGCAAAACUUGUUCAACUGUAGAUCAAUUGAAAGAAUUUCGAGACUUAGGACGUUCAUUAAGCUGGAUUGGCAUCCACACAGCUCUGUAUACCGUCUUUGGGCGAUGCGCCUCAUCAGGUACCAAUGAUGAAUUCAGACUAAUAUCAUAUAAUUUUUCAUCUUGUGGUCAUUCAUCUCUAUUCCAUUGCACCAAUUCGUCGAGGUGCAUUUCUCGUCACCGAAUACAAGAUGGUUCAAUUGAUUGUUAUACAGGUGACGAUGAAAUAGCCAAUUAUAUGUGUGAUCAAUUACCGCAUCGAUUUAGUUGCAAUAUUGAUCAACGAUGCAUACCACGUCGCUUUCUGAUGGACUAUGAAAAGCAAUGUACAGACGGUUCCGAUGAAGCUUUUGGUUUUCAAUGUACUGAAUCUCUCAGUGAGAAUUGUGACACUCUUGCGGGACGCCGAGAUACAGCAAAGGAAAACACAUUCUCUAUCAUAUGUAAUGGUAUCCAAGAAAUUCGACCAAAGUUCGAAGCAGAUGAUACUGAUGAGACUGAUUGCACUGAAUAUUCGUGCAUGACGCAAUAUACGCUCUGUAACGGCGUUUGGAACUGUGUAGAUGGACGCGAUGAAAUCUUCUGCGACAACGCUUUGUCAUCAAUGCAUUGCGAUGUAAAAAGUGGUGAAUUUUUUUGUCUUCAAUCGAUCAAUCAUACGAUAAGAUAUUGUGCAUCGGUGAAGACGAUCAAUGAUUCUCAAAUUGACUGUAUUGGCUCAAGUGAUGAACGUGAUUUUUGCCGUAAACAAUAUCCCUUCGAUUUUACUCGACGCUACAGAUGUAAAAAUGCUUCAAUCUGCAUCAGCCCAUUGCAAAUUUGUGAUUGCCAUCGAGACUGUCCAUUGAACGAUGAUGAGGAACUACCAUUGUGUCCUUGGAAUAUUGCUUCAUGUUCUACCAGAUUCUUUCCGUGUAGUAACAGCGUAUCAGGACAGGGGGAAAUUAUCAAUAUAAUCUAUCGUUGCGAUGGUUUAGUACACUGUAACAAUCAUGAAGAUGAAUGGCUAUGUGAUAUAAUUGAUCAAAGUGAAACUCGUACAUUUACAUCGAAAAAUCUACUCGAUUUCGUACCGAUUCUUCCAAAAAAUACUAAGAAUGAAUUGUCACAGAAUGUUACACUUAGCUGGUAUUGCAACAGAGGUAUAGCGGUCAGCUCAACAGUCCGAGAAAAUGAAAUUAAAUGUCUUUGUCCGUCAGCCUAUUAUGGUGAUCGAUGUGAAUAUCAAAGAAAGCGAUUGAAUGUCAUUCUGGAACUUCAAGCAACAACGCUGAUCGUGCAUGCAAGCGUCUUCAAAUUACUUAUUUUUCUAGUUCAAAUAUCCACUGGCUAUGUUACCUAUUCUGCAGAAUUAAUAUAUUUGCCUUUUGUCCAAUGUCUACCAAAGUAUAUUGUUGAUUUACUCUACCCUGUCUCAUGGCAAAUCAAAGAUCAACAUUAUAUACGUAUCAGCAUCUUUCAUUUAACUCAGCAAAGCAAGCAGAUUGACUAUCGAGGCUCUUGGUUUUUCGCCAUCGAAUUUGAGUUUCUUCCCGUGAAUCGGCUGGUCUCUAAAAUCACUCUGACAGAAAAUAGCAAUCCAAACAUCCUCCGAAAGUGUACUCAUCUUUCAUGCGUUCAUGGUAGAUGUGAAUCGUACUUGAAUGAACCACAACAUUAUUUUUGUCAAUGUGAACCAUCUUGGUUUGGACGUUUAUGUGAUCUACAGAAUGCUGAAAAAUGUAACUGUGCACCGGAAUCAAUUUGUAUUGCUCCUGAAAUUUGUAUUUGUCCAUUAAACAAAAUUGGAUCUCGUUGCUAUGUUCCGUUUGAUCCUUGUCAAGUUCAACCCUGUGGAAAAAAUGGCAUUUGCGUGCCAUCAGAUGUUCGAUCAAAUCAGUGGACAUGCGUUUGUGAUGAACAGUUUUUUGGAGAGCGAUGCCAAUACAAUGCAUCAAGUAUCAAUGUGCAUUUCGCUCAGAAUAUUAGGAUUCCUGGCGCCAUUCUAAUACAUUUUAUUUCCUUGUCUAAUAUUAAUGAGAAAAAAGUUCAUUCAUACUUUCGGUCGAUUGGCCUUUGGCAAAAUGAUGCAAUAGUCUUCUAUCCAGAAAAAUCCAUGCCGAAUUUAGUUUUCGUGCAACUUUUCGGCGAUCUGAAUACUAAUCCAUUACAUUUAGUCUUUCUUAAUAAUGAGGAUACAGUAAUAUUAUAUAAUCGAAUUCAUGUCGAAGUAUCAAAAAACAAUGAAUGCCCUGCAAUUAGCAACAUCUUUGGUUCCACAUUUGAUCAAUUACCAUAUCUUCGUCGUGUGAAGCAGUAUCAACGUCCAUGCAAGAACACGACUACUAGAAUUACAUGUUUUUAUGACGAGACGCACAUUUGUCUAUGUAACAAACUUGAGAAAGUUGAUUGUAUACCGUUCGUCAUUGAUAAUAGUACUGCUCAAUGUCCGAUCAAUACAAAUCCAUGUAAAAAUGGUGGUAUAUGUAUGCAGGAUGAGAACCAAUGCCCCAAAGCUAGUAUUUGUGUAUGUCCGGAAUGUUCACACGGUCGUCUCUGCCAAUUUUCUGCGAAACCUUAUUCUUUAUCAUUAGAAGGUAUUAUCGGACAGUUUAUUAAAUCUAAUGUCAAAUUUUAUCAACAACCACAUUGUAUUUUCAUGUCUCUCACAAUAGCUAGUGCCAUUUUUACGUUGGGCUGUAUAGAUACUAUUUUAUGUUUGAUCACUUUUAGUCAGUCAUCUCUUAGAUCAACUGGACGAGGCUUCUACUUAUUGUGUUUAUCAUUGGUUUGCUUAGUGAAUAUAUCGGCUUGUUUUGCACAGAUGUUGCGUUUACUGAUCGAGCAAACCUCUAGUUUUAGUUCUUAUCCAGGCUGUAUCAUCACUCACUUUAUCCUGAAAGCUUUUCCCAUUAUGAUCAAUUGGAUUCAAGUCUGUGCUUCGAUUGAAAAUGUCGCAAUUGUUUGUUUUGGCUUACGGUAUCGAAAAGAAUUGAGUUAUCACGCAGCAAAAUAUGUCAUCGGACUAAUUCUUUUACUCAGCUUCAUGAUGACCAUUCAUGAUUCAUUUUAUCGUCAUUUAUUAUAUGAUGAGUUUGAACAUAGAACUUGGUGCGUUGUAUCAUUUCCGUCAAAAUGGCUGAAGUGGUACGAUUCAUUUAUGACAACUAUUCAUUAUGUGGCACCAUUUAGCAUUAAUAUUUUAUGUUCAAUAGCUAUCAUUAUUCUUACAGCUCGUAUUCGAGCGAGAGCAAAUCAUAGUUAUAAGAAAACAUUCUGGAAAAACUUAAAACAAAAUAAACACUUACUUAUUAGUCCCAUUCUAUUGGCACUAUUUGCCAUUCCAAAACAAACAAUUGCAUUGUUAACAACAUGUAUGAAAUUCAAUGGACGUUCAGAACCUUACUUUAUAAUAAUAGUAUUUUAUGUUGGUUAUCUACCAAGUAUACUAUCCACUGUUGUUUUUAUUUUUCCGUCGAAAACAUAUAGAGAACAACUCUGGCAAGCGCUGCAACACUUGAUCAGACCUUGCCGUAUUAGCAGACUGAGUUGA